AUGUUGCUAUUAAAGAGAGGUGGGGAAGAGCGUGCGCUUGAGAAAGAAGAGGAGGAAGAUGAUGAUGAAGAUGAUGAUGAUGAAGAUGAUGUAUCAGAGGGCUCAGAAGUGCCCGAGGGUGACCGUCCUGCAGGUGCCCAGCACCACCAGCUUAAUGGCGAGCGGGGUCCCCAGAGUGCCAAGGAGAGGGUCAAGGAGUGGACGCCCUGUGGGACCCACCAGGGCCAAGAUGAAGGGCGAGGGUCAGCACCAGGCAGCUGCACCCGCCAGGCCUUCUCCAUGGCAGCCAUGAGUAAGGAAGGGGGAUCCGCCUCUUCUGCCACUGGGCCAGACUCCCCGUCCCCCGUGCCUUUGCCCCCAGGAAAACCAGCCCUACCUGGGGCUGACGGGACCCCCUUUGGCUGUCCUUCUGGGCGCAAGGAGAAGCCCGCUGACCCCGUGGAGUGGACCGUGAUGGAUGUAGUGGAGUAUUUCACUGAAGCUGGCUUCCCUGAGCAGGCCACGGCCUUCCAAGAGCAGGAAAUCGACGGCAAGUCUUUGCUGCUCAUGCAGCGCACGGAUGUGCUGACCGGCCUGUCCAUCCGCCUGGGCCCAGCCCUGAAAAUAUAUGAGCACCACAUCAAAGUGUUGCAGCAAGGCCACUUUGAGGAUGACGACCCUGAUGGCUUUCUAGGCUGA